AAAGGCGUUUGCUUCAUUUUCCUUCUCACAAAUUUGCAGGAAAAAAAGGUCAAAUUCUUGGCAAGGAAGAAAGGCGAAAAAGCUGAAUCUCUUUCAGCUAUUGCUACUGUUUAACACAGUAGUCAAAUUCACAGCGCCGCCAUGGGAUAGGGAGCUGGAGACUGGAGGCACUAUCGGGAGAAGUGGAGAACCGGGGAAGAUUUGUUUGUAUGUAUAUGCGCUUAAGUUUCGUAUGUAUAUGUGCGUGUAUAACGAAGAAUUUUCGCGAAUCAUCUCUUAAUUCGAAUUCCAGAGUUCAUUUCCGUUUGGUUUACUGCGAAAAGUAUAGCGAAAUUGUAUAGUUUUGACUCCGAUUCUUUCAGAGUUUCAGAUAUGGCUCCGCCCUAUUUGACAGUUUCUAGGCAGCAACCGCGGCUUCGAACACGAACCCUAACCCUAACCUUCAUUCCGGGUCUACCUAACGAUUUAGCAGCUCUGAUUUUGUUAUUCAUUCCUUACUCCCAUCACUCGCGCUUGAAAUGCGUAUGUAAAUCGUGGAGACUACUUUUCGCAUCCAAAUCCCUAAUCUCUCUACGCUAUAAGCUUCUCCCGCCACUUAGACUCUCCCAUCUGCUCUGUAUAUUCCCGGAAGAUCCUUCGAUUACAUCUCCGUGUCUUUUUGAUCCCCAUAAUCUUGCCUGGUGUUUACUGCCUCCCAUGCCCUGUAAUCCUCAUGGCUAUGGUCUCUGCAAUUUCACCUCCAUUGCUGUUGGGCCUCACUUGUAUAUUCUCGGUGGGUCUCUUUUCGAUACCCGGUCAUUCCCACUUGACAUCCCGUGCCCAUCCUCCUCUGCGUUUAGGUUUGACUUUGCUACUUUGUCGUGGGAGUCUCUGUCACCCAUGAUCACACCCAGGGGUAGCUUUGCUUGUGCUGCAGUCCCUAAUUCUGAUAAGAUUCUGGUUGCCGGGGGUGGUUCUCGGCACACUGUGUUUGGGGCUGCAGGGAGUAAUGUGAGCUCUGUGGAGAUGUAUGAUAUUGGCAAGGAUGAAUGGGUGGCAUUGGAUGGGUUGCCAGGGUUCCGAGCAGGGUGUGUUGGAUUCUUUGUAGGCAAUGGGGAAGAUAGAGAGUUCUGGGUGAUGGGUGGAUAUGGCAAUUCAAGAACCAUCUCAAACGUGCUUCCCGUGGAUCAAUACUACAGGGAUGCUGUAGUAAUGGAAUUGAAGAAUGGUGGAAAGUGGAAGGAGAUUGGGGAUAUGUGGGAAGAAGGAGAGAGGGGAAGGCUUGGGAAGAUUGUUGUUCUUGAGAAUGAGGCGUGGGAUGCUCCUGCUAUAUAUAUGCUCGAGAAAAGUACUAUUUUCAGGUAUCAUAGGACUCCAAACCGCUGGUUGAAAGAAACAAGUUUACCGAAGAAAUCCUCUAAUGACAAGUCAGUCGGUUUUGUUGCAUUGAACGGUGAAUUGCAUGUGAUGACUGCUCUAAAUGGAACCAAUUUGACACAGCGCCAGAGUUCAAGGCAGCAGCAUAAAAGGCCAGCAACACUAUUGACUCAAAUAUAUCAUCCGAAGAAGAAGCUAUGGAGAUCAUUCACUACAAAGUCCCCCUUUCAUCUUCCAUUGGAUUUCAGCACUGCCAUUCUUUGCACAGUUCGUCUGUAGACUUAUGUGGCUUUCAUCAUUGUUAUUAUGUAUAUAUACUUGGAACCAUAUAUGUAAUUCCUGUUUACUAUGUUGCUCCUGAUACUAUAUGUGUAUAUACCAAUAUACCAUAGUGCAUAGCAUGGUGAUAGUAUUGAGCUUCAAGAAA